AUGGAUGAAAUACUUAUGAAGUCUAUCUUUCAUUCAUUAAUAUUUUCUUUCAUUUUACCUAUUGUCCUUAUUUCUUUCUUUUUCUUUUACCUUCUUUCUUGCUUUCUUUUUCUUUCUUUCUUAUUCUAUUUCUUUUUUCUUUCUUUCUUUCUUUUUUAUUGUCUUUCUUUUUUCUUUCUUUCUGCCUUAUUCGCUUUCUUUUUUUUCUUUCUUUCUUUCUUUCUUUCUUUCUUUCUGUCUUAUUCGCUUUCUUUUUUCUUUCUUUCUUUCUUUCUGUCUUAUUUGCUUUCUUUUUUCUUUCUUUCUGUCUUAUUCGCUUUCUUUUUUCUUUCUUUCUUAUUCACUUUCUUUUUUCUUUCUUUCUUUCUUUCUAUCUUAUUCACUUUCUUUCUUUCUUCCUUUCUUUCUUUCUUUCUUUCUUUCUUUCUUUCUGUCUUAUUUGGUUUCUUUCUUUUUUUCUUUCUUUCUUUCUGUUUUAUUCGCUUUCUUUUUUCUUUCUUUCUUUCUUUCUUUCUGUCUUAUUCGCUUUCUUUUUUCUUUCUUUCUUUCUUUCUUUCUUUCUUUCUUUCUUUCUUUCUUUCUUUCUGUCUUAUUCGCUUUCUUUUUUCUUUCUCUCUUUCUUAUUUGCUUUCUUUUUAA